AUGGCGAAUAGAUCUCCUUCUUCUUCUUCUUCUUCUCCAACCCAUCAUCCUAAUACCUCUAAUGAACUGAGGAUGAUGGAGUCUAUGGUGUCCGCUGAGAACUCCCAAAGACAAUAUUUGGAUUUGAUGCUGAGUGGGCGGACAACAGCGGGUCCUUCGUCCAUAAAUCAUUCUCAAGAGUGGAGUCUAGAGAAUUUUCUUCAACACCAUCCGGCCAAAUUCAAUGGGAAGUGUAGUCCGGACGAGGCGGACCAGUGGUUCAAGGAUAUGGAGAGAAUCUUUAAUGCAAAAAGAUGUCCGAAUGAGAGUAGGCUAGCUUAUUCGGAGUAUUUACUAACUGGAGAAGCCAGUCAUUGGUGGAGCAGCGCUCGGCCAUUACUAGAGAGUAGUGGUAUUCCCAUUUGUUGGGAAAUUUUUAAACAGAAGUUUUACACCGAAUACUUUCCAGAUAGUGUUCGGUUUGCCAAAGAAGUGGAAUUCUUGCAACUAGUUCAAGGGAAUAUAAAAUUCGAGAAUGGACUGAGAGGAGAUAUCAAGUUACCGGUGGCUGGGUUGUGUAUUAAGGAAUUUCCAGUGUUAGUGGAAAGAGCGAAAGUGUUGGAGAAAACUAAGUUAGAGGUGGAUAGCCAGCAGAAGCAUUUGGUUAGAGCUGGAGGGCCGAUCAUUUCCAGAGACAGUAUAGGUUCAAGAAAGACUCCAUAUGCUCGUUCUUCUUUAUCUUCGGGUGGUAGUGGUUCGUCUUCACAGUCCUUGGCUUUAGUGGGUCAAUCGAGACAGCCAGGGUCAAUAACUUGUUUCCAUUGUGGAGGACCACAUUUCAAAUCGGUAUGCCCUCAAUUGGGAGGAUACAAGAGAUGUAAUAGAUGUAGACAAGAAGGUCAUUGGGAGCGAGAAUGUCCAAUGGGAAGAAGGGUUGUGUCACGACCACCAAAUACUGGACGGUUUCAACAUAGGGGUGGUGGACGAGCGCAAGCAGUAGGGAGAGUGUAUGCAAUGACUCGGACGGAAGCAACGAACGCAGGUAACCUUAUAACCAGUACUUGUUUGUUGAAUGAUGUUAGUUGUUGUGUGUUAUUUGAUUCGGGGGCAACACAUUCCUUCAUUUCGAAGGAAUGCGUUGAGAAGUUGGGUUUGUCUGUGAGAGAGCUUCAGUUUGACUUGGUGGUGUCAACCCCAACAGCUGAUGAGGUUAGGACGACCACUUAUUGUGCAAAAUGUUCAAUAGUGGUUGAGGGUCGUCGGUUCAAAGUGAACCUAAUCUGCUUGCCUCUUCAAGGUCUAGAGGUAAUUUUAGGAAUGGAUUGGUUGAUGACCAAUCAUAUUCUUAUAGACUGUGGUGAAAGGAAAUUAAUAUUUCCAAAAGAAGAUUUUGAGUCAUCGUUGACGAUCGGUGUGCUAAGGCGAGAUAUAAUGGAAGGUGCCAGUUGUUUCCUGGUAUUCUCUCAUUUGGACGUGCCGUUCGAGACAGAUUUGGACCGAUCGGUGCAAGAUGAUAAGAGUGAAACCAUAAGUCUGUUUACUCCGAUUAGUUGCUGA